GGAAGAGAUGUCGGGAGAAAGCGUGGUGAGCACAGCAGUGCCGGCGGCUGCGACUCGCACCACCUCCUUCAAAGGCACGAGCCCGAGCUCCAAGUACGUCAAGCUGAACAUUGGCGGGGCCCUCUACUACACCACCAUGCAGACCCUGACCAAGCAGGACACCAUGCUCAAGGCCAUGUUCAGUGGCCGAAUGGAAGUUCUCACGGACAGCGAAGGCUGGAUCCUGAUCGACCGCUGUGGAAAACAUUUUGGGACAAUACUGAACUACCUGCGUGAUGGGGCUGUGCCGCUCCCCGAGAGCCGCAGGGAGAUAGAAGAGUUGUUGGCUGAAGCAAAGUACUACCUGGUCCAGGGGCUGGUGGACGAGUGCCAAGCAGCCUUGCAGAACAAAGAUGCGUAUGAACCCUUCUGCAAGGUACCAGUCAUCACGUCUUCCAAAGAAGAGCAAAAACUUAUCGCCACUUCUAACAAGCCAGCAGUGAAGUUGCUGUAUAACAGAAGCAACAACAAAUACUCCUACACCAGCAACUCCGACGACAACAUGCUGAAGAACAUCGAGCUGUUCGAUAAGCUGUCCUUGAGGUUUAACGGGAGAGUGCUCUUUAUAAAAGACGUGAUUGGAGAUGAGAUCUGCUGCUGGUCUUUUUACGGGCAGGGGCGGAAGAUUGCCGAAGUCUGUUGCACUUCCAUUGUUUAUGCUACUGAGAAAAAACAGACAAAGGUGGAGUUCCCAGAAGCCCGCAUUUACGAGGAGACGCUGAACAUUCUGCUGUACGAGUCCCAGGACGGGAGGGGACCCGACAACGCGCUCUUGGAAGCCACAGGAGGGGCCGCCGGCCGCUCCCAUCACCUAGAGGAAGAUGAGGAGCGAGAGCGCAUCGAACGCGUGCGAAGGAUUCACAUCAAACGGCCGGAUGACAGGGCCCAUCUGCAUCAGUGA